CCACUCCGCCGUACUUCACAGUGGUUAGUGGACUGGCUGUGGGCAACCUCAGACAGGUGGAGGAGACGUCCUGAAGCAACUGAACUGCGCCGUGGACGGGCUUGUUCGGGCAGGACUGGGACCGGUACUGGGCGAGCAGCGGCGGAUGCUGUGCACGCUGUGCGCGGAUCCUUCUGCAGCUGCUGGAUUCAGAGAAUGAGACCAGAUGCAAAACAUGCUUUGGUUGAUUUUUCCAUCGUGAGCCUUCGCUCGUAUGCUGGACGGUUUAAUGUGGACAUGGGGAGGACGAGGGAUGUAGUGGCAAUGGAUUAAUGAGGAGUACACUCAAACUUCGGCAUUUUUCCUCAGAUUACUGGCUUCUAAUAUUUUCACCCUGCUUUGGCCAUGGAGAACCAAGCAGCAGAGCCGCAGAACUAUGAAGACGUACAGAAAAGCGGCUAUCUCCGCAAGCAUAAAUCAAUGCACCGGCGGUUCUUCGUGCUGAGGGCGGCCUCGGAGCAUGGUCCAGCUCGACUGGAGUAUUAUGAAAACGAGAAGAAAUUCCGCAGUAAAUCACCUGUGCCCAAAAAAGUCCUGAGCCUGGAGACCUGCUUCAACAUCAACAAGCGGGCAGAUUCCAAAAACAAGCACAUGAUAGUCCUUUAUACCCGCAGCGAGAGCUUUGCCAUCGCUGCAGACAGCGAGGAGAUCCAAAAUGAAUGGUACCAAGCGAUGCUGGACCUUCAGUGCAACUGUAAGACAUGAGAAGUGUGAUGUGAUUCCUACUGUCUGUUUCUGCAUCAGGCCUAUCCUGCCGUAGGCUGUUUGUUCUCCAUACUAUUUGGCUCGGCCAUUCCUGACUGCUUAUUCCAUAUCACCUGAUAGAAUUGCUUCAGUAUUUUGCUGCAGGUCUAUUAAACACAUUUAAUCUAAAAGAAAAAAAAAUCAACAUCCUAGGAACAGAAAUGCAAUUUGAACGGUGUGUUUUUAACCAAUAGGCAGGUGGAUCCUUCUGAACGGGGUAGACCAACACGCUAUGGGCGGCAUGUGCUGUGUUUGUGCAGCACAAUCCCAAUUUAUUACAGUUGUAACCUGCGGAUAAUUUUCAAACAGAAAAAGGCAAUUUUAUGCAUCAAAUUACAUCUAUGUGCAAUAAUAAUAAUCAGAAGAUCGUCUUCUCUGUCUUAUAUGCAGCCCUUGUCACACGACGGAGUAUUUUUGCAUGGCGCAGUGGGCAUAUAGCAACCAUCCAACGGAUGCAUCAUAUAGUAGUAGCCUAUCGUGGUGCACUCCGCUGAAGCCUGUGUUUUUGUUUUUCUGCACAGCGCUGACUGCCGCUCGCCUAACCUACAUUUGUGUUGCACGGUGCUGCUGCUGGUAGGGAGGAGAGGGCAUCGUCAGUGCGCUCUCAGUGAAAAAUGUGUUUCUGUUGGUUAUCCUCGUGUUUACGUUGUUAUCCUUAUGCUGGAGCCAAACGCCGCCACCCACCCUCCCUGUUAUCCUCAGCAUUUCAGUAAGAAGAGACUGAUGGGCUUGCCCAGCUUUAAUGUUGUCAAGUAGAAGGACCCUGAAUAGAUUCACAUCAGAGAACUGACCCCCAUUUUGUUGAGAUUAUUUCUUAAGACUGCCACAGUGAAACAUUUUUUUCUUUAAUUCAGCAAAAAGCCGUUCUUGUGCGCAUAUAGGGCCAUAAAUGAAGACUGGAACAUAUGAAUCUUUACAGUGGGUUAAGAGGGGAUCCUCUCAUCAUCUCUAAUACAUGUAAUAUUUUCAAAGGAAGAGAGAAAAACACUAGAUGUUGCUCAGUGGAUGGAUUUUGAACAGCACUAUUAGUCACCAAAUUAAAUAGCAUUUUUAAAAUUAAAUCCUGUAAUUUUUGAUGUUGUUGGCUUUGGACUGAAUUAAAACACAGCAUUUUAAAACACAGCGUCAAGCUGUAUAAUUAUAUACAUAUUCUGCUCUUUAUAAGACAUCAAGAAUUAAUUGUUAUACUGUAGUGUUAGUGAAAAUGAGUUUGCUGCAAAAUAGUUACAUUGCACUUGUAAUGUGUGCAUGCAGCAUUUUAUUCCAAAAGAUGGACAAAAAAUGUUAUAUCACUAUAUUUAAUACUGGGGUUGUCAUUAUAGCCUUCAUGAACAUUUCAACAAGUUUUGUUUUUAAUUUAGAUGCAGAGUCCUUAGAUUAAUAUCGAUGAUGUGCUUUUAAUUUCCCUCCUUUUUGUUUUUAUUUACAGUAUUUCUCUUUUUUUUUCUUUUUUUUUUUAGGUAAAACUCCUGAAGAUUACGGCAGUAGUGGGGAGUGUAGCUCACCAUCUCCUGUUCCAACUUUCAAGGAAGUAUGGCAGGUCAAGGUUUGGCCUAAAGGUCUCGGACACGCUAGGAAUUUAGUGGGCAUAUAUCGGCUGUGCCUCACCGACAAGACGGUCAACUUUGUCAAGCUCAACUCUGAUGUGGCAUCUGUGGUGUUGCAGCUGAUGAAUGUUCGCAGGUGUGGCCAUUCAGAGAAUUUUUUCUUCAUUGAGGUGGGUCGCUCAGCAAUCACCGGCCCAGGAGAGUUCUGGAUGCAGGUUGAUGACUCAGUUGUGGCUCAGAACAUGCACGAAACCCUGCUGGAGGCUAUGAAAGCCCUGAGUGAGGAGUUUCGUCAGCGGAGUAAAUCUCAGUCUGUUGGCACAUCAUGUGGAGGUGGUACUGCCUCAAAUCCCAUCAGUGUCCCAAGCCGUCGUCACCAUCCCAACCUACCACCCAGCCAGGUUGGCUUUUCCAGACGAGCUCGCACAGAGACCCCUGGAGGCAGCAGCACGAGCACUUCACCUACGUCACGCCACGGUUUCCCAAGGGCACGAACUGCCAGCAUCGGUGCCAGGUCAGAGGAGAGUGGAGCAAGUGCAAGAGGGACAUGGGCAAGCUCUAGCCCAAGUCUUAAUGGUUCCUGUUCCACUACACCAACACUAAGGCCCAAGCCCACCAGGGCCCCGACUCCUGCUAAGAUAACCCUCAGCCUUGCACGUUACACUCCGAACCCUGCCCCCUCUCCUGCACCAAGUCUGUCCUCCAGCUCUGGGCAUGGCUCAGAGUGUGGCCUGGUGGGGGCAGCAGUGGGAGGCAUGACAGUCUGCUCCUAUCCCCGUGUUUCUCAGAGAGUCUCUGUUUCAGGUUCCCCUAGUGACUAUGGCUCAUCAGACGAGUAUGGUUCAAGUCCAGGGGAGCACUCUCUGCUUGUUCCUAACCUCUCUGGUCAUCAUGUGCAUGGAGAAGGCUCCUCUAGCUACAUUGUGAUGGGACAGCGGGAGGGCCUCCUCGGUUCCCACCACCGCUCCAAAGGUCGUCGGAUUCUGAGGCGUGCAUCCAGCAGAGAAUCUGAGGCAGAGCGCAGACUGCUGAGUAAGAGGGCUUCACUUCCUUUGGCAGCUCACGAACGACUAAUUCCACACAGAAAAGAUGAAGAUGAUGAGGAUGAUGAAGAAUACGCCAUCAUGUCGCAGAGUUCCAACCAAGGCAGGCAGCGUGAUGCAGGGGAGAUGAGGAGGGCUGACAAGAGUAGGGGAGAAGCAGACCCAGGGGCAGCUGUGGACAGUGGCUAUAUGUCCAUGUUGCCCGGGGUGACGUCUCCUCCUGUCUCUCUCUCCCUCUCCAUAGGUAUGUCUGACCAAAGUACUAAACCUGGGGCAGAUGAUGAGUACAUGGCCAUGACCCCCAACAACAGCGUGUCUCCCCCUCAACACAUCCGCCAGCCCAGCUCUGAGGGCUACAUGGUCAUGUCUCCCAACAGCAGCAGCUCCACCGACCUGCACGGACUGGGCAUGUGGGAUGGCAGGGGCAGCAUGGAGAGCCGGGCAGCCAGUGAUUACAUGAACAUCUCACCUGUUUGCAGCCGCUCUGCCUGCAGCACGCCACCCUCACAUCCUGAGCAGCACCAACUACAACCAAAAAUGUUCAAUUCCUACUUCUCCCUGCCACGAGCCUAUCAGCAUACUCUCUAUUCUCGCUUUGAGGAAGACUUCAACAAAGGAGAAGGAAAAAAGGACAGCAGUGGGCAUGAAACUGCUGGGAGGGGAGGGGGAGUAGGAUACAGCAAGAGGAACAAAAUUGCAGUGGGCUCUGCUGGAGGCUGUCAACUCUCCAUGUCUUCCUCCUCGUUCUCCUCCAGCUCAGCCAGCAGUGAGAGCCUGGAAGACAAAUCCAUGUCAGCAGGGAGGGGGUUAAGUUUGUUGAGAACCGGAGCGGAGUUCAAGAGUGCGGGAACAUGCACAAAAGAAGGGCGUCACCAUCAAAAGCGUGGAUCAAGCAGCAAGAGCCCUAAGCAGCAAAGGAGGGGUCGUCCCCUGAGCAUGGCUUCAGACAUUGCUAAAGCAAACACUCUGCCCAGGAUGAAGGAGAAUCUGCUGCCGUCAGUGUCUCAAAAUGUUGGUGAGUAUGUCAGUAUUGUGUUCAAGGAGGACAACAAGUAUGACAGAGGACGACAUGCGGGAUCAAAACACGGACAACCUGUGAUCCAUGGGACUCUCCGUCCCAUCAAUCAACCACUCCCCUGCCACGAUAAUCCCUCUAACCUUCCCCGAAGCUUCUCUGCACCCUUGUCCUCCUCUACUGAGUACGUCAGCAUGGAUGUUGGGAAGCCCUCAAUGCCCCUGACUAUUGUGAGAUCCACAUUCAACACUCCACAGGGCCCACCAGCUGUUGCCCCUAAGGCCCGACAUGAACAGAGCACGUCCUCUCCUCUGGCUGCAGAGGGCAAUGCCAGUUACAGGACAAAAGUUAAGAUGGCAGCAUUGCCAACAGACACCCCUACCCAGUUUACGGACAACAAAGGUUCAGAUCCCAGCAUUUCAGCGAGACCCGUGCACUCUGGUCAACCCCUAUCCAUGGAUCAGGAGACAGGCUUGGGUUUUUCCCCAGUCAAGUCCUACCAGUCUCCAGAGAGGAGCAGCAGAUUGGUGCGAGGUGACCAGCAGGGACGACAGACCCACCGCUCAGAGACUUUCAGCUCACCUCCCUCUCUUCCACGCCACCCACCCUCUUCUACCUCCCUCUUCCCAGAGGGCAGCCAGGCAGCGAGCCAUCGGCACGGUUUGGAUUGCUCACUGUGGGAGAACAGGCAGCCAGCUGGUUUAUCUGCCACACCUCCACCAGAAGCCUCCACCUCGUCUGGUGAACAAGGCCUUAACUAUAUUGACCUUGACUUGGCUGUUAAGGAGAACCCUCAAGCUGGAGUGGAGCGAACCCCUGCCGCCUACAACAUCGGAGGAGGCGCGAUGGGCGGCAGUACUGGCUCAAGCCUCAACACUUACGCCAGUAUUGAUUUCUAUAAGUCAGAAGAACUGAGAGCACACCAGACCAGCAGAAAAGAUGGUCAAGGUAAGACAAACUGACAACACAGACUCAGCUUAUCUUAAAAUAUCUAUCAAAUAAUGAGCGAGUGAGGCCCAUGACUUUUCAUGUGAGUCCUGACCAAGGUAUGGAAAAUAAAUCAAAGUCUUUUUGAUACAUUUUUCAUCCAACGCCACACAAUGUAAACUCAUGGGCUUGGUCCACAUAGCAAUAAAGCAGUAAAUAAUAUUGGUUAUUACAUAUUAAAUCCGUAUAUCCGGGCUGUUACUGCUUUUAUUGGACAGGACAGGAAGGUGGAAUGAGGAGAGUGACCACAGCCAGCAUAACCUCUGUAUGUGAGAAGCCAGGCCAGCGGGGCCCUGAUACGGUGGUUUCUUAGUAACAUUUAAAGUGAUUACUGAGCUGCGGCUGGUUGGAUUUAUCUGAAAUUGUACAAUUUAAAGGUUGUAUUGGGAUUUUGGCACCCAUUCGUCAACAAAAAAAUUGAACUCAAAUUUGUGAAAUUAUCGUCUUUUGUUAGCGAAAAAGAAAAUAAUUUCUCGCUUGUAUUUCUUGACUCCUUAGUCAUGACAAAAGACUCUUUUUUUCUCCCCUUUCUGGAAGUUUAUUUUAAGUGGUGCUGCAAGAAUAAAUUACCUGGCAAAAAAAAUUUUUUUUUUUUUACUACAUUUUACUUUUCACUGAUUCAAAAUGCUGUUUUACAGUAUCUUCAGUAUCUUCUGCCUUUACUCUGGUGAUAUGAUAAACAAGAAAAAGAGUUAACAGCUAUAAACGUCUUUAAAGAAGGGAAACAAUGAAUUUAUAAGACAAUAGUUAUAGAUAAUUUGACAUUAAUAGAUAAUUUCAAGGUUUUUGUCAAAAUACAUUUUCUUUUAGCUGAAAAAAAAUUAACUUAAGGACAUUUUGAAAAUAAUUUGUUCAACCUUUUUGGCCUGUCAUCUCCUACCCCCUGCUCCUUAUAUUGUCAGUCCUCCUUCAGCUGUCCUUUCUAAUCAGAGAAAAAUACCUGAAAAAGUGCUUAUUGUGCCCUUUUAAGAUUAAAAAGAUGAAAUAUUCAACAGUUUUAUUAUUCAUACACAUGUGUUCUGAUUGAUGAAGUGAUCAAUAGCUACAUCAAGUACAAAUCCGCUGAUCGACCAAUAAUUUUGGUAUCUUAGAUGAUAACUUUGAAAAAAUAAGAAUGCAGAAUAAACAUAUUUCAAAGUAACUGGAUGGAAAAACUCUUCAACCUCUGGUUCUUUGUCGGAUGUAAGCCUCUAACAUGAUGUGCAUAAUCCACAGACAAAACUCCUGUCUGGGUCUUAGUCACUCCUUUUCAUUCUCCUUUUCAUCCUUUUCCUGAUGUGUACCUUUGCUUCAAGCUGGAGGGCAGCACAGUGUUUCGGCUGUGGGUUGUCUGUAGAGUCUCUUAUUAGCGCAAGUGGGUGUUCAGAGAGCAAAGCCAAUUGAUUUGUCUGCUGGUAAUGAGCCAUUUCACAUAAAUGGAGGUAGAGGGGACAGAACACAGACAAGGUGUUUAUGUUCAUGUGUGGGUGUGCUAUUGGCUGCGGGAUUUCACACGGUAGCUCAAAGGGUUGCUUUAUUGCAUGAUUCUUUAAUGGUUAGUAUUGUUGAGUUUAGCGCAUUUUUAAUGGAUUUACAUGGAUACACUGUUUUCUCUGCUAAGAAAUAAAAGCUGAAACAGUGUGUAGAAAUGCAAAAAUAAAUAUUAAUCAGAGGGCCUAAUGGAACAAACAACUUGUGCACCUUAUUUAUUUAUUCACAGCAGCUACAACAUUUACAUGAUUGAUAUGCUAAUGCUAUUCAAUCUGUACGUGUACAUGUAUAAUCAUUACAGUUCCCUCAUUAUUUCAGACGUGGGUAGUAGAUUUAUAUGUUUAACAUGCAUGGCAAGAAAAAGGGGGCUCUGUAAUACUCUGUAAAUUACUUUGAUUUAAUUUCUCACACUGUGAUUGGAGACUGAAUGGGCCUCUGCUCCUAUAUGCUACAAACAGUGUUUAUCAGGCUGUCAUUGACUGCAGCAGUAUUCUAAUAAUGGAGUUCAGUUUAUGAAACUUGGUUAUAGCGAGGAUGGUUUCACUGCACCGUAUAUAUAUACUCAAAUAAACAGACAUGGUUGUCAGCUGCCAAGAGACACACACGAUGAGACACUUGGAAGACAUUUUUUUAUUUUAUUUACAUUUUAUUUGAAUUUUUUAAACAUAACAGAAACAAGACAUACGGUUAUUCAAAGAAGAAUAUAAAUAAAAACAAACAAAAACAAAACUUGGUGUCAUUGACAAAGAAAAAAAGAAAAUUGUCCAUGUAGCUUCCAUCAAAGUUGUCAAUUUUUUUAAGUAAUGUGAAUAGAUUUGUAUUUGAUCCAUUUUUCCCAAUUUUGGGUGUUUGCUUCUUGCUGGACUCAUAGAGCGUGUGUCAGUUUCUCCAUUUCUCCACUUGUAAGACAAAUUAGAUGUGUAUUAUAAUAUCACCCUUUGAUAGGCUAUACCUAAAGAUAUAUUAUUGUUUGUGUGGACAUGGACAUUUGUGGAGAAUUAGUCAAUCUACUGCGUUUGAAAAAGAUUUAUUUUACAAUCUGGGUAAGACACAAAUGUUUAAAUCUGCAGAUGUAACAUCAGUCUUUUUUUAGGCCAUUUGUUGUUGGUAAUGUUUCUUUAACUUUUACUUGAUUUGUCAUAUUAAUUACCAAACAUAAGGACAAAUGAUACAAAUAUGUUAGUGAAUUUGUAAUGGGUAGACAGCUAAUGACAGGAAAUAAAUAAAUAAACCAUAAAUGAAUUUAAAAAAUGUUAAAUGGAAAUUAUACAUAAAAAAGCAGUUAGCUACAUAAUUAAAACCAGCAGAGCACCAUUUUGGAUACUAUUGACAAAAAGAGUUAAGCAAGAGAGUAAACUACAGAGGAGUGACUAUUGACUGCUGUCUGAUCAACAUUGUGGAAAUCUUGGGUGUAAGGGUUGUUCUCAGAUUAGCUUGACUGCUUUCUAUCAUUUAUGUGGCUUAAAAAACUGUUUUGAAACGGAAAAUCUGGAGUUUUAAACACAUUUAAAAAUGCACUGUGAUUAACUUUUGAUAUAUUGGCUUUAAGUAAUGUCUGACAGCCUUUAAACACAAAAUAAUCCUUGCACUAUAAGGAUGUUUGCUUCUUGUAGAGGUUUAUAAUCUUAUUUGAUCCACUUACAGCAAUACAUACAAGUGAAGCAUUAUGAGGACAGAGCCUGGGAAGCCAGCACUCUUGGAAAAAGUUAGAAACCUUUUUAAACAAUUACUCACAUUUGAACAUAUUAAUGCAACAUUAAUCAUAAUACUCAGGUGAUGAAUGAAUGUACUGUAUGCAAGUGAAAUCAUCAUUUAACCCUUCAAAGUGCAUCUUUGGAGUGGUGAUGAUUCAGAGCUGCAGAAAGCCACAGGGUGAUUUCCACCUUCUCUCUUUCUCCCCUAUCAGAGCUUCCCUUGGUGUACAAACAUUAUUCUUUGAUAAACUUAUAUUAUCAGACAACCUCUCCUCUGUAGACCUCAGAAGAAGAAAAAAAAACUCUUUGUGGCUGCGGGUUCUUUGUGUUGUUGUGGUGGUUCGCCGAAAGAAGAAACAUUUCAAACAUUUCCUUCAAACUGACGAGUCUGACGCAAAGACAACACACGGCUGUUGACAUUUACUACAGUGUGCAUUAGAGAAUCCUUUUAAAAAGAUAAGGUGCGCCAUGUGAUGUUUACGUAAGCAGUCAAUGUAUGUGAUCUGCUUUAAAGGGCAUUUAGUGUCGUCUGACCUGUCUCACCCUCGGAGUAGUGGGAGACUUAAAGUCGAUUAAUGCAGAAUUUUACAGAAACUGUAAUAAAGAUUUACACAAAAACUCAAACUACUGUAAACCAAAGAGGAAAAACACUCCGCCUUGAGUAUAAGGGUAUAAAUGUCUUGUUUCCUUUUUUUCCAGAUUGUUGAUCUCUCCGCACUCGCUCUGAGAGGGGACAGCCCGCUCUGUUGCCACAACAUAACUGUACACUGAAGUCUGAACACUGAAAACCCUGGAAGACUCAUCCCCAUCCCGUCUGCUGUUUUCUGUCAACCAAAUGUGUGCCAAACACACACUCUAAGUCCCACACACACACAUCUACACAAAAACAAACACACACACAUACACACACAAUGGGUAAGGAAAAUGUUUACUCCUUAGUGUUAUUAUAAAUGACUUCUGAUUAUCAUUCAGCCCAGUAUAGACAAAGGAUGACGGUUUGAUUUACUGUAACUGUGUUUUUGUGGCUCAUGGCCAUGAUGUCAAUCACAGAGUCUUCAUUUCACUGAACUCACCUGAAUGCAGCACACUAAUAAUCAGACAGGCAAAGUCAUGGUUUAAAAAGGCUUUCAGGGAAUUACAUACAUGUCAAAAAUGUUCACCUGUGGAGCUUAAAUUCAAACAGGUUUAUCGCUGAAGCGGAUCUAUUGAUCUCUCACAAACUCAGUAUCAGCUUUUUAUGGGUCUAAAUCCAAUCGUUGAUCUUUGAAGUCUUUAGUUUAUAUCCUUUGUCUGUAGAAGUUAAAUGAUCAUCAGAUGCAGUUUUAAUCUUAAAAUACUAAAGAAAUGCAGCUUGGCAGAGGUUCAUACACUCAUUCACGCUGUCACUGUAAACAUAUUUGAUUUGUUAUAUCUAGUUGCCAAAAAGCCUUGAAAAUUUGUGACGACUUUUCUGGGUAUCAGAAUGUGCUCAGUUUCUUGGAAGCUUUAAAUUACCAGAUUAAUCAAGAUUAAAAUCAUAUCAUUUUAUGUUUGAAUUAAAUUAAAUAUGUUAUAUUUUCCACAGGGAAAAAAAAGACUUUUAGAUAAUGACAUGCAUCUUAUGUAAUCUUGGUAAAAUCCACAGCCCAAACUGUAUUAAAUUGGAUAUCAGACGAUAUGAUUACAAUUUCAUUUCCGAUGCUUUUGUGCUCAGAGUUUAUCUUUAGGUUGUUGCUGAGCCAUGAGAACAGAAGCUUUUGUUUUAUCUGCUCAGAAUGGUGGUAUUGUAAUUCUGUGAUUUACCUCCCUGAAUUGUUUUAUCCCUAAAGCUCCAGAUGUGCACUCACACAGGAAAUAUGUUUACACAGUCCCAGCUUUGAUUAUCUGUAAACUAAACAUGUCCUGUCAUGUUCUGAGGCCGGUUCUCAAAUUUUGCCUAAAUGAAAGUCUAGUUGCUGCUUCUCUGCUGUAUUUCUGUCUUUUAUAGAGACACAGCAGCAAGCCGCUGUUAAAAAUUGAGAGAAAUAUCAAGAAAUCUUUCCCAAAAACUCUUUCUUAUCUCAGUGAAAUGAAAUGAAGUGCAAUCAUGGACAUGUCAAAAUACAGAUGCCCACAUUUUAUAGACUAACAUCCAAGCCUUCAUUAAAAGCAGUAAAAAAAACACAAUAAUCCUUUAAUUGAAUACCUAUUAAUUGCUGUGCAGCAGACAAAUAGCUGAAAGAAGUCACAUGACUGAAACCACAGCUUUGAUACAGCAUGAUGCUGUUUAAGCAAAAUGAUUGAUGUUACAUAGAUACAUAAUGCAUUUAUUCAAUCAUCACAGUCUGCAACAUUGCAUAAAAACAACCAAAUUAACAUAACAUUCUUGCGGUUUGCAUGUAAACAGCUUAAUCAGAUCAGCUUCAAACAGGCAGUGAGGACAAUAAUUAGAUUGUAUGUAUGUUAAUGUCCUCAGUGAGAUGUGCUAAAGGGACCUGACAACAGUCUUGUUGGCUUGUUAGUAAAAGGAGCUAGAUUGCAGUUCUGAAAAAAUACCAGUGAAAGAGUUGGGGCUGUUCAAAUAUAUUGGUCUGUGGAGUUUGGCGAAUUUUUAAAAAAUUACUGUUUUCAAGUCGCUGGUUCGACUCCUUUGCUGCAUGUCUUUGUCCACACUCUGCUCCUCAUAGUAUGCAGUCUUUCACUCCGCGGUUUUCCCAUCAACAAAAACCAAAAUGCACAAAAUUACUUUAGAUUACCUGAAAUUCUAAAAAGUAAGAACUCACUCUCCAAAUUUUAAAAAAGACCCUUUUUAUUGUUAAGUUAGUAAAAAUCCAUGCUCAUACUUUUCAACAGGAAGCUUUUAAGUACGUCUUUGAAACUGGAAUGAAUGAGCACAAGUUCUCCGGCUUUUGCUGGACCCGAAAACACUUUUCUCAGGCCAGAAAUACUGCUUACACAUGAACAGGACUCAAUAAGCAAACAUGUUAGAGCUUUGCCCGGAAGGGGCAGCAAAAUCACGACAAAUACAAAGUUCCUGACAGGGGUUUUAAAUAGGGCAAAGAGUAAAUGUUAAGGUUUUUCCCUAGUCUUUAAAAAAAAAAGUUACUCUGGCUCAAAAAAACACUGAUGCAUAAGCUUUCCUAUCCUCCAAAACAUGUUUGUAGAUGCAACCGACAACUGCAGCCAUCUAAUUUUGCUCAUUAAGAUGGUAGAGAGUCAGUUACGUAAGACAAGAUGGUGUUCUCUAUUUUUCUGUUUAUAUUUAAAAUUUUUGCUCCUUGAGUUAACAUUACAAUCUCAGAUGGAUGCACCAUAAACAUGAUGCACAAAAUAUUUGACAGAAAAGUCGUCACAGUGUUUAAAAGGCUUUUUGGCAGCUGAGCUUUUCUAUUCUAACUGUAUAUGAUACUAUAGUAUAUACUACAGUGUACAAGUAGAACGACAGAAACUAUAGUACAUACUGUAGUUUGUUUUCAGUUAAAACAAUUCUAAUACAAAGUAACACAUUACAAUGCUAUAUAAAAUAUACAGUAUACAUAUAAUGAUUAAUACUACAUAGCCUAGAUAUCUAUAUACUUUUUUAUAAAGUGCCUCAUUUUUGAUUGUAGCUGUUUUUACACAGAUAAUCUUCAAAUGGGUUGUGAAAAUGGAAAAAAAGGUGUUUCUCCCCGGAGUCUAAAUUUGUGAAUAUGUUGAAUUUAACAGACGACAGACCAGAAACUUUUUUUUUCUAUCAGUCAGCCAUAAUCAAAUUGCCUUAAGUUUGGAAAAAAAAAAUCUUUUCUUUUUUUUUCUUUUUUCAUUUUUUGCAGUGCCUAACACUUCAGCCACAAUGUAAGCACUCACUCGCUCUUCAGUUUGGCUUCUCCAAGCUGAGGUUUGGCCAAAAAUUAUACAAAGCAAAAAAAUAAAAAAUAAAAAAAUACAAAUAAACAAACAAAAAAAAAGGUUCUUGUAGUUUCACACCCUGGGAUGUUUCCACUUUAAGCCCUGCUGUCCGUCUUUAUUCUGCUACCAAAACAGACACUUUUUUUGAAAAAAAAAAAAAAAAAAAAAACCUGCAUUGUAUAGAUAAACAUCAUAUCAUAUUUUUAAAACGUUUUGUGUUUUGAAAAUCCUUGUUCUUACACCAAGAACUGAUAGAAACAGUUGCCUGUGUCUUGUAUAUAAAAUUAAUUGUGUACGACUGAAUCUGGACCCGAGACCCUAGUCCUAAAACUUUGAAUAUGUGCUCUUCUUGAUGUGCAGUAUCUUAAAAACCUAAAAACAAACAUGAAAACGGUUAUUUUUACCUCAACAGAGUCAGCACUGGUGGCUGACUGCUUAUUUGGGCUGAAACAGUAUUAACACACGUGUGCAUUGCUCUUAUUAUUUGGACGUUUUAGACGUGGAUUCAGUUCCCAGAAGGUGUGAAUAGUUCUUCUUCUUUCUGUUCUCUUUAUUUUUUUCCUUGGGACUAAACUAUGACACAGUGCCAUUCCUGCUUACUCAUUACUCUCUUGUUUUUCUUUGUUUUAAAAUAUUCUGCUGCUGUCAAAGUAAUCACCAAAAACAAGACAAAGUCAAGACAAUUAAAGGUCUACUAUGGAGAUUAUCUGCAAAAAGGAGACAUUAAAUAUCAGCUGUUGCGCUGGCUUAAAAAAAUACAUUUCACUCGACAGCCACAGGGCUAAGAAACAAGUUGCAGAAGUUUAAAUGGAACCUUUUUCAAUACUAUUUUUUUGUCACGAGGUAGUGUGACUCGUAGUUUAAGACUGGUUUUGACUGUAUCCAGAGCCACUGCUGUAGAGUUUGGGCACACUGUGACAAAUCUGAAACUGUACAUUGAAUCAGGACAUGUUUGUGUAGAAUAAAAAUGUCCACUUGAUAUGAUGUCGCAGUGACCAAACUCUCAGCGCAGCGCUCUGGCCGUGUGUAUACAGGGUACAAUGAGGGAGGCUUUCUCGAUGUAUUUUUAACACUUGUAGCUUUUCCCACAUUUAGAUUGAGUUGAUAUUUUGGGGCUCUGGUUCCUUAACCAAAUAGUUUUGACGCUGUUUUGAAUAACUACUGCACUUGCAUGCUGUUACACAUAAUGAGAAAAAAAAGGUGUGUUUUAAUCACAGAAGUAAAAAGGUGCAGAUAUUUACUCCGCUUGGUCCAGAGGUUCCUUGCUGACUGAUCAUGUUCCUCAAGAAAGGACACAUGAAAGUGCCUGGCUGUGAUUCCUACUAGUGUGUAGUUAUUGAUCAUUUAUGUUGCAGUUAUCUCGAAGAUGGAAACACAAACCAGCUCCUGCAAGUCUUCCACACAUUAAUUUAGUAAUCAGUUGGAAAUGUGCGCAAAAACCUGACUCACUUUUCCUUACAAAGGCCUUGUUUCCGGUGCCAAAGUUUAAUGUGUGAGUUGUGAUCUGCAGGGUUGAGGACCUCUGACACCAAACUGACAAGAAAUUUUAGAAAAACCUGAUUUUUACAAACUUGUAUGGCACUUAAUAGUUGCUGUUUUUAAUCUUAUGAAGUAAAACAAAGUGUAUUGAUUGAGUGCAGCCCGCUACUGCCAACAGUUUGUGCUCAACACUGAGGACUUCAUUGCCAAAAUCCGUAAACUAACAUGGACCAGCUCCACUUUUCUAACCUGUCUUUUGUUGAAGUGAUCUUUUAUAAUCUCUUUGUUGUUCGAUCAGUGCAACUCUUUUAAUUGGGGAUUACUGAGACUCUGACCGUACCCCAUAAUCUGGAGCGGGAGCAGACGUAACAGUUGGUAGAAAAGCCCCUUGGAGAGUCUGAGAAGGGUUCAGGAUAUUACUGACGUCAAAUACGGAGAACGCUUGAAAUAAAACCUGUGGAUUUGAGUAAAUAUCUUUUGAUUUAUCGUGCACUCCAAAGUACUUUGACAGCGUGAUGCUCUCUGCUGUGUUCCCAUUCUCAUGACAUACAGCAGCUGUGCGAAUAAAAAGCUUCUCAUCUGCAAAACAUCUGAAGUAUUUUGGUUGAAUGAAAUGCAGAGGCUUGUGUUGUCUCUUCAGAAUAUUUUUUAACAAUGUGGCAAAUUAAAUACAGAUUCUAACUGUGGGAAAUGAUACUGUAUGUACAAUCAGGAUAGCAGUUAUAAUUACAAUGGAAAGAGCAUUGUAUGUAUUUUAAAGCUAUUGAUACUACUUUGAUAAUGAUGUAAAUUGCAAAAAGACUGAACAGGAACUAUAGGUAUGUAAAGUAUACUGUGUAUAGAGGAGUUUGCUCCAGGGGAGGGAAGGGCAUGGGGUUCAUUCUGUUCAUGGCAAAAUUGUUUAAAACAAAAUAUUGAUGAUUCUUGUCUGUGAUGUAGACAACGUCAAUGUUUGUUUUUUUUGAUAAAAGGCAAAGUGAUAUGAAAAAAAA